AUGACAGACCUGCUGCGAGUCCUACCAGAAUUCCCAGUCAAACAGUUUGGCGGCCUCAUCUCAGCCCUCGAGUCACGCGGGUACACCACCGCCGACCUCCUGAUCCUAGAUCCUGCUGAAAUAGAAACCAGAACCAAGCUGCCAAAUGUGAAGCGAUUAUGUGAUGCCAUCUUGAACGCCCUACACACCGAUCUUGGUGUUGCAGAUCCACCACCACCACCAUUACAACAACAACAACAACAACAACAACAACACGACGAUGUACAGUCCAACAUUGAACCACCACCACAUCAUCACCAUGAAACCAGUCACCUAAAGCACACGGCUGACACCCUCUCCUCUCAAUGGAUCACAAUCAGCACCCUCGACCCCCACCUGGACCUCGCCCUCGGGGGCGGCAUUCCCACCGGCCACAUCACCGAAAUCACGGGUGAAUCCGCCGCCGGCAAAACCCAAUUCCUCCUCACCCUCCUCCUUGCCGUGCAACUCCCCCCUCCCCACGGCCUCUCCCGGCCAGCUCUCUACAUCAGCACCGAAGCCCCCCUCUCAACCCGCCGCCUCUCCCAAAUGAUCACCGAAAACCCAUUGUUUUCCACCCUCCCACGGUCUGCCCGCCCAACCCUCGACAAAAUAAUCAGCACCACCACCCCCGACCUCGAAUCCCAAGACCACAUCCUCACCUACCAAGCCCCGGUGGAAAUCGCCCGCCGCAACGUCGGCCUCUUGAUCAUCGACUCAGUAGCAGCCAACUACCGCGCCGAAUUCGAGCGCCCCACCGCCAACUCCAACCUCUCCUCGAACAUGGGCGCGAGGACCAACGAGCUCAUCAAGUUGGGAAUGCACCUCAAGGAUUUAGCAGAAAAGUACAACCUCGCGGUGGUGGUCUCCAACCAAGUAGCCGAUCGUUUCUCAGGCACCGGCGGGCUCAAGACACCUGCUCCUGUCCCCCCCAAGACACCAGCUUCAUCACUCAAGGCACCUUUCCCACAUGUGUUGGGGAAACAAUCACAGGAGUCACCGUUGGCAUCAAGAUCCCGACCGGCGGGGGCAAUACCAAUCCCACCGCCACCGCCACCGCCACAGCCGCAGUUAAACCCCGAGUUUCCCGAUCCAGAAGUUGAGAUUAACGCUCAUCCUGCGUUAUCGCUAGAUCACCAGCAAAAGUGGUUUACCGGCUGGGGUGACAACCCAUCGCUGGACUACCCGUUGAAGACGCCGAGUUUGGGGCUUGUCUGGUCGACGCAGAUAUCCGGGAGGAUAGCGCUGUUCAGGAGGCCGGUUAAUUAUGGGUAUGGGGAUCAUGUUGGGGCUGUGGAGGGGAUGGGGGCGAUGAAGGGGUGGAGGAGGUGGAUGAAGGUUGUUUGGGGGGUUAAUGCGCCGGCUUCUGAUGUCAGUGGGAGGGGUGGCAAGAAGAAGGGAGGGGGGCCGGUGGAGUUUGAGGUUUGGAAGGGGGGUGUGAGGGUUGUUGAUGCGGGGGAGGAUUAG